AUGAAACCGUUGUGGAUACCGGGAACGAAAUGCGGAUACCAUGCGCUUACUUUUGGCUUUCUCGUUGAUCAGAUUGUACGUCGUCUUGAUCCCCGAAAACGUGGUGUUGAACAAAUUCUUCGUGAAGAUAUACUUGAAAAAUAUGGCGUAAAAGACAUUUCGAUUGGCCUUCCGGACGAACAAUCAAAUUUGAGGGUCGCAACUGUUGUGCAACAAACCAGUGAGGGGUUGGAAGUAGAGAGGAAAUUAAGUCCAGAAGGCUACAACAAUCCGAAAAAGCGAUGUUUGAAGAUGCCUUCAAACAUGGGUAUUGGGACAGCUCGUGGACUUGCUGAGCUGCAUUCGAUUCUCGCACGCGGCAAACUACUCCCCAGUGAUAUGCUCGAAUUAAUCUCAACGCCUCAGAUUAUCAAUGAAAUGGAUAUUAUUAAUGGAUAUCCGGAAAACAAGGGUUUCGGAUGGCAGUACAGCAAAAAUAAACUUGGCAACUGGAACUUUGGGCAUUCAGGACACGGUGGCCAAAUCGUACGAGUAGACCUGGAAACGGGUUUAUCUUAUGCGUAUCUUUGUAACGGUCUCAAAUCGUCCGAUUCUGAUCACGUUUUACCAUUUCGAAGACUUCAAGAGGCUUUAUACGACUGCGUAUUGGAGAUUCAGGCAAUAUUUUAA